AUGCUCUCGGGCUCGCGAUGGACGGCCCUAUCAUGGCGAGGGCCUGUUGCUUUGCGCAUUUCGCCCUGGUCCCGGCGCAGAUCCCUCGCGACUGUGGUUGAGCGCGCUACCGAUCUGACACCACCGCCACAAACCACGACCAUAAGGCUCAGAGAAUACCAAGAGGAAUGCAUUCAGUCUGUGCUGUCAUACCUGGAGAGAGGCCACAAGCGAUUGGGCAUAUCACUUGCGACAGGUAGCGGCAAGACUAUCGUCUUUACUCAGCUCAUUGAUCGUAUACAAAGCUCGAACAAACAUGCGACGCAGACUCUCAUCCUGGCGCAUCGAAGAGAACUGGUGGAGCAGGCUGCGCGACACUGCGAGAGGGCGUACCCAGGCAAGACUAUUGAUAUCGAAAUGGGAAGCAACGCAGCGACAGGCAGUGCGGACAUCACGGUCGCCUCGAUCAGCAGUCUCGUUUCAGGAGAUCGUCUGCUGAAGUACACUCCCUCUCACUUCAAGCUCAUCCUGGUUGAUGAAGCCCAUCAUAUUGUUGCGCCUACGUACCUCGACGUUUUGGCGCACUUUGGCCUGUAUCCCGCCACUAAAGAUUGUCCUGCCCUAGUCGGUGUCUCGGCAACCCUCUCUCGCCUCGAUGGCAUGAGCUUGGGCGCCGCCAUCGACCACAUUGUCUACCACAAAGACUAUAUCGACAUGAUCGACGAGAAGUGGCUGUCCGGAGUCAAGUUCACUACUGUCGAGUCCAAGGCUGAUUUGUCCAAGGUCAAGAAGUCUGCAAUCACAGGCGACUUUCUCAGCGGAAGUCUGUCCAAGGCUGUGCGGACCAAGGAGACCAACGACAUCACUGUCAAAGCUUGGCUGUCAGAGGCUCACGAGCGCAAGUCAACAUUGGUCUUUUGUGUUGAUAUUGCCCAUGUCGAGUCUCUGACCGCCGCAUUUCGAGAUGAGGGUGUCAAUGCACAAUACAUCACAGGUUCCACACGAGUGAAGGAAAGACGUGCCAGACUUGAUGCAUUUCGAAGAGGCGAGUUCCCCGUCCUGGUCAACUGUGCGAUCUUCACCGAAGGCACCGAUAUUCCCAACAUUGACUGUGUUGUACUCGCCCGACCGACCAAGUCUCGCAACCUACUCGUCCAGAUGAUCGGCCGCGGAAUGCGUCUUCACCCAGGCAAAGAUGACUGCCACGUCAUCGACAUGGUGGCCUCGCUCGAGACUGGCAUUGUCACCGUACCGACUUUAUUCGGCCUAGACCCAUCUGAAAUCGUCAAAGACGCCACAGCGGAAGACCUCCAGAAGCUCAAAGACAAGCGAGAUGAGGAUGAGAAGAUACCCAUGCAACGGCCCUCCAACAUCGCUCACCCAGAAGCAGUCCUCGACUUCACCCACUACGAGACAGUCCACGAUCUUAUCGAAGACACCUCUGGCGAACGGCACAUCCGCGCCAUGUCGCCUAACGCCUGGGUCCAGGUCGACAGCAGCAAGUACAUGCUUUGCCCGCCCGCAGGCAUACUGACCAUAGCCUACAUAUCGGAGUCAUCCACCGUUAGCAGAGCGAGCAAGUCAAAGAAGGCCACCUCAAAGCCCUCCUCUCCAGAGCCACCCUCCUCAUCUGCCUCUGAAACCCCACCAGACCCCUUUACCAUAACAUACAAAUACCCUCUCCCCUCCCAUGCGCACUCCAAAUCCCCGUGGUCCGCGCCUCGCACGAUCGCCACCGCUUCUACUUUGGCAUCCGCCGUCGCCGCCGCCGACACUUUCGCUGCGUCGAAGUUCGAACGCAUCUGGCUCGCCACCGCUUCAUCUUGGCGGCGCUCUCCAGCCUCGGAGUCUCAGCUGAAUUUUCUGAAUAACCUACGCGGCGUCACGGCGGGUCUUGAUCCCGAAAGUGGUGAUCCAGAUCAACAACCCUUGACGCCGGCGGAUCUGACCAAGGGCCAGGCGAACGAUAUGAUUACGAAGGUGAAAUAUGGGGCGAGGGGCAGGUUUGAUAAGCUGCGGAAGCAGAAAGCGAAGGUGAAGAGGGAGAAGGAGAAGUGGGAGAGGGAGCAGGAGGUCCGGCAAAGGGAAAGUGUCGCUGUUGGGGCGCUGAAUGCGUAG